AUGAACAACAACUUAAAAAGGAUAAAACUUGAAGCCCUACAGGCUUGUCCAUUGUGCAUAAUAUGCGCCAAAUCCGAUGAAGCAAUAACGGUCAGGGAUCAGCUAGGGGCUAGCACAGUAAUCCACAGUAACAAUGUUGAUCAAAUUCCCGACGGAAUACAAUUCUUCCAAGGCCUCCUACCCGUUGACAAAGGGAAAAUCCCUUACUAUAUCACAAGCUCAACUCGACAAGGUAUUCAAUCAUUCGCGACUCAAGCGGCAACCCUGUUCACCAUCUUGAAGCCUGCAUAUGCAAUACACGUUGGUGUUUGCAGUGCUAUUAAUAAGCAAGAUAUCAAGGUUGAAGACGUUAUUUUCGGGCACAAAGCCCUGAACUAUGAGGAAGGAAAGUGGGAAAUCGAAGAGAAGGACGGAAACGAGAAACGUGUCUUUAAACCAGACACGGAGACCUUCGCGGCAAAGGCAGAUGCUCUUAAUGGAUUUGUUACCGAGAUGGCACGCCCGUACUGGAAGCAGGGCGACUACAUUUCAGGUUGUGCGGUACGGAUGGAUGCCAAGUAUAUCUUUGAUCGCGUCAAUAAAGGGAUAUUGCCGCGAAAAGUAAAAGCACUAGAGAUGGAAGCUAGUGCAUUUUUCCAAGUCUGCCAAUUUACCAAUGUUGAGGCUCUUGGAGUCAUAAAGGGUGUCUCAGAUAUGGGCGAUAAGUAUAAAGGCAUUGGAAAUGACCAACACUAUGGUGCAGCCUUGCGAAAAGCAGCAAACGCAGCGUUUGAUUAUGCGAAGUCGAGGUUGAAACAGGAGGAUCUAGCACGGGACGAUCUAGAAAAACAACCGGGGGCUAUGAAAGUCACGGAAUACUUUGAUAAUUUCGUCACAAGCGUCCUCAAUAAGGAAUCUGUCAAGAUGAGAGGCUUCAGAAUCGUGUUGCCGAAGGACAAUAAUGUCAACCGUUACAAAAACCUUGAAAUCAAAAUCCAUGGGCAGGGAUUACGAGAAGUUUUUCUACCAGGUGGGGCCAGAUCAACCCCUGUUUGGACUAAAGGACCCUAUCUUGUCGACUUGCCGACCACGCUGACCGAUCUGGAGUUUUGUGUUGAUAUGGCCGACCAAGUUGAAAUUUUCAAGGAUGUGCUGCUUCGUAAAAUUGAAGAACUGGACGAGGGCGGGUUCACCAAAGUGAUCACGUACGACGAAUUUAUAUCCCUGUGCCAGGAAGUUGACGGCGCUUUGCCAUCUCCAGGAACGCCAUCUCCAGAAAUAAUGACCAAAAAGCGAAAGUUGCUUUGA